AAAUCAUCUAAACCUAUAUCCUAAAGCUUUUACAAAAUGAAUUUUUCGAAUAUGAUCACAUAACUUAAGGAUGUGAAACCUUUUUUUAACAGGUUGGCGAGUGCAGGUGACAAACAGGUUCUUCAGAAAAUAGCUUCGGCUCUACCCAUCCACUGCUAUUAGCAAGAAAUCAUCUUCAGGACAAAAAAAUUAAACACUUAUUCCUGACAUUUUUAAACUUCGAUGGUAUUACCGAACUAGUGUGCUAAAGAUUUUGAAAAUGUUCAAAUGAAUGGGAAAGACAGAAAAAAGUUAGAGUUUGUUCGAAGAGAUGCUAAGUUACCACGUAGUUGCGCUCACAAUCUCCCCUGACCUAAAAAAUGAAAAAGAUGAUUUGGUCCAACAAAGAGGCAGUGCAGAUACAAUUAAAACAAUCAAAAUUCAACAAAGUGCACAUUUGAAGAAACCAUGUGAAGGUUUUAAAUCCUUCUUCUCUGACUCUGAUGACAAGAUGGCAGAAAACAUGUUGAGCAGAGCAAUAAGAUAA